ACCGACCUGCUCAUCUCCUGGUUUCCCUUCUAUUACGAGAUUAAGAUGGCCUUCGUCAUCUGGCUGCUCUCCCCCUACACCCGGGGGGCCAGCCUGCUCUACCGCAAAUUCGUGCACCCCACGCUGUCCCGCAAGGAGAAGGAGAUCGACACGUACAUCAUCCAGGCCAGGGAGCGCAGCUACGAGACGAUGGUGCGCUUCGGCAAGAGGGGCCUCAACAUGGCAGCNNUUUCUGUGUGUCGGUCCGCCCCUCAGAGCCAGGACGCGCUGGCCGGGCGGCUCCGCAGCUUCAGCAUGCAGGACCUGCGCUCCAUCCCCUACAGCAUGCCCUCAGCCAGCCGGCAGUACGAGAGCGAGACGGAGGAUGAGGAGCUCUGGUCAGACUCGCAGGUCUCGCCUCUGCCCCGCGGCCGGGACCACAGGCCCCUCUCCCGCAGCCAGAGCCUGCGCGCA